AUGUCCAAGCAACAGCCUGCUCAGUUUACCAAUCCGGAAACCCCUGGCUAUGUUGGAUUUGCAAACCUUCCCAAUCAGGUUCACCGAAAGUCUGUGAAAAAGGGGUUUGAAUUUACUCUCAUGGUGGUUGGUGAAUCUGGAUUGGGAAAAUCUACGUUAAUAAACAGCCUCUUCUUGACAGAUCUCUACCCAGAAAGGAUCAUCCCAGGAGCUGCUGCUCGAGUUUAUUGUCUUUUAGAGAAGAUUGAACGCACCGUGCAGAUUGAAGCCUCAACAGUUGAGAUUGAGGAGAGGGGUGUGAAGCUCCGUCUGACGGUUGUGGAUACACCAGGCUACGGUGAUGCUAUCAAUUGUCGGGACUGUUUUAAGACCAUAAUCUCUUACAUCGAUGAGCAGUUCGAGCGCUAUCUGCACGAUGAGAGUGGCCUGAACAGAAGGCACAUCAUAGAUAACCGAGUUCAUUGCUGCUUCUAUUUCAUUUCACCCUUUGGGCAUGGCCUUAAGCCUCUGGAUGUUGAGUUUAUGAAGGCCAUACACAACAAAGUAAACAUUGUACCAGUGAUUGCAAAAGCUGAUACACUUUGUCUGAAAGAGCGAGAAAGGCUGAAGAAAAGGAUUCUGGAUGAAAUAGAAGAGCAUGGCAUCAAGAUUUAUCACCUGCCUGAUGCAGAAUCAGAUGAGGAUGAAGAUUUUAAAGAGCAGACCAGACUCCUGAAGGCCAGCAUUCCGUUUUGUGUAGUGGGAUCCAAUCAACUCAUUGAAGCCAAAGGUAAAAAAGUUAGAGGUCGACUCUACCCAUGGGGUGUUGUUGAAGUGGAGAAUCCGGAACAUAACGACUUUCUGAAGCUGAGGACCAUGCUAAUCACACACAUGCAAGAUCUUCAGGAGGUGACCCAGGAUCUUCACUAUGAGAACUUCCGCUCCGAGAGGCUCAAACGAGGUGGCAGGAAAAUAGAGGAAGAAGAAGUGAAUAAAGACCAGAUUCUACUUGAAAAAGAAGCUGAACUUCGCCGCAUGCAGGAGAUGAUUGCUAGAAUGCAGGCACAGAUGCAGAUGCAGAUGCAAAGCGGAGAAGGAGAGAACAGUGCAGUUCAUGGACACCCUGUCUAA